GAGCAGGAGGUCACAUGGGCUGCUCCUUUUGUGUGAUCUGCUGGGGAGUUAUUUAUAGCAGCUCUUGACUUGAAGCAGAACGGCAGGUCAAGAUAAACGUCUGGGUCUCAAAGUUUGAUCCAGUGUAAUGGAAAUCCCUGGGAGUCUUCCAGGAGUACUGAUAGAGGAGAUUGGAGGACAACAUGGGGUGAUGGAAGAACAUGUAGACUUUCUGAAGACGUAUUUCACCCUGAUCACCCUGAAGGAGUUCUUGGACAAAAAAGAACAACUGGCAGAAAAAAUUCAGUCAGUUUUUGUUUGGGGCACCAAACCUGUUGUUACUCAUGAUAUUCUCCAAAGUCUUCCUUAUCUCAAAGUAGUGGUGAGUUCAGGAGCAGGAAUUGACCACUUGGAUCUGAAGAUGAUCUCUAGUUUUGGAGUAAAAAUUGCCAACACACCCAAUGCUGUUACUAGUGCCACUGCAGACUUAGCAAUGACGCUGCUUCUGGUUUCUGCAAGGAAUUUUCUUGAAGGUUGUAAGAUUGCAGUGUCUCCACACACUCAGUGUUUCCAUUUGAGCUGGACAUCAGAGGAGGUCACAGGAGCCACCGUUGGUAUUAUCGGAAUGGGGAGGAUUGGCUACAAGAUUGCCCAAAGAGCUAAAGCAUUUGAAAUGAAAGUUUUGUAUCACAACAGGACCAGGAGGCUAGAAUAUGAGAGUUCAUUGGGUGCCACAUACUGUGAAAGGAUGGCAGAUUUAUUGCAACAAUCUGAUUUUGUCAUUUUGGCCGUCACCUUGACCCAAGAAACACACAAACUCAUUGGGAAAAAUGAGUUACAGCAGAUGAAAUCCUCAGCCACACUCAUAAACAUUAGCAGAGGAGCUGUUGUUGACCAGGAUGCUUUGGUGGAUGCCUUACAGCAUGGCUAUAUCAGAGCCGCAGCACUUGAUGUUACUUUCCCAGAGCCACUGCCAAGAGAUCACCCAUUACUAAAAAUGGAAAAUGUUAUUUUAACACCUCAUAUUGGAAGCGCUACCCGCAACUCACGACGUAUUAUGAUGGAAAAUAUGGUUCAAAGUAUGCUUGAUGCAAUUAAUGAUCUUCCAGUUUCUAAUGAAGUUCUUGUCAAUUAAGUAGAAACCAGCUGAAUCUGUUCUAAAACCAAUUAAUUAAAAGAAACACAAUUCUAA